CUUGGCUUAAGGCUACAUGUACACACGUAUCCGACCGAAAAUAAGUCAGAAGAUUCCACCUUUCCACGCGCAGGCUUCACUUGAAAGUUGAAACAUUACCUUAUACAAGAUGACUUACAUUACUUCAUGGGAGGAGUUUGCUAAAGCAGCAGAGAGGUUAUAUCUUUCAGACCCAAGCAAGGCCCGAAUCGUUACAAAGUACAGACACUGCGACUCCAAAUUGUCAGUAAAAGUUACAGAUGAUCAAGUGUGUCUUCAGUAUAGAACAGAACACAGUCAAGACUUGAAGAAAGUGGAGAAGUUUACCAAUCAACUGAUGAGACUCAUGUUGGCUAAGUGAACUAGUAUCAUCUCUGAUCAAGGACAUUCAUUCUCAUACACAGUGCACUCGCCAUGCUAAAUGGAAUGUACUGAUAUGGGCUGCAUGAAACUCAUUCUCAAUCUGUGGAAUCAAGAAGAUACAAUGCAAGCACUUCUCUGUUCUUUGGUUGAAUGCAGCCAUUGAAAUAUGGACUUCUCUGAAAGGUUCAGUUAGUUGUGUUCACAAAAGCAGAGUGUACAGAUUGCAGAACUUCAUGUAAAUCUACUUUCAUCUAGAAUAUCUUUUCAUGUCCUUUGUUUUUGUUUAUAUUUUUCUUUAUCAAUAAAUUUAAAAUAAUUUCAGUGUAAAACAUUUAGAUCUUAUUAGAGAAUACAUGUACAAGUAUUUAUUUAGAAAUCAGGAUCAGCUCACCAUUUUUAAAGAUUUGUGACUUCUAUGACACAUUCUUUUUUAAACAAUAUCUCUACGGAAUACACUAUUGUUUUCAAUAUGCCUAUUUACUAAGAAUUGAGUACUUGAAUACAAUUAAAGAAAUUCUUCUUCACACAAUUAUUUGGUAGUCUCCUUGAUAAGGUGCUGUCUUUGUAAAGGCCAAAAGAAAAGAAUGGGAUGGAAAUAUCCAAUGUUCCUAAACAAAAUAGUGAUUGUAGAUUUUAAGGAUCCUAAAAUACCCAAAUUGUUUGCAUUUCCCUUAUUUUUGAGUCGUCAAGAGAUCUCUCUGAAUUGUAUGGUAAUCAUUUUGGUCUACUACCACUAUGUAGUCGGCUUAACUAUCUUUUUUUUUUUUUUACAGGUAUACAUGCUUUUUUUCCAAAUGCCUAGUGACAAACUAAUUCAUUUACUUGAUAAGAAAUAUUGUAAUUCAUUAGAAUAUAAAUAUGAGAUGUUGCUAGGUCUGACAAUUUUACUUAUUUUUCUAACCAAGUUACACCUAUAUAUGGAAUCUGUAUUGUUAUUAUUGAAGUACAGUAAAAUGUUUCAAGCAACAUAAAUACAUGAAUAACAUUUUGUUUGUCACAAGGCAAACAUGUAUAAAUUUGAAUGUAUUGUAGAAAAGAGUAUUACAAGAUGUUACAAAUGUAUUAACUGCAGUGUGUCUUGAACAGGAUGUAAGAUUUCUACUGAUAAGAAGUUCCUGAUGAACUGUUCCCUGUUGUUUGUGAGAAAAGUGGUUAUUCCAUUUCUUCAAUCAAGCGAUGGGGGGUUGUUUCAUCAUAUACGAUCAAUAACAUCUCAACGCAGUCGAUAAACCUGUCUGAUAAAUGUUGUGCUAUAACUGUCUUUUCCAAGACCAGUGAUGAGUGACUUUUUAAGACUCCAAAAUUGCCAAACACUUAUCUUUUUAAGUUUUUAGAAUGCUGCCCCAUGUCAUUUUUUUGUAAGUACAUACGAUAGGCAGGGAAAAAAGUAAAACUGUUAAUGUAGAAAAAAAUACAGCAAAGAGCCCUCCCCAAGACAAGAUCUAAAGGAGAAAAAAGUGAAAGAAGACU